AUGGUUUCUCCGUCUCUGCGAUUGGUUUCGCAACACACUUAUCAAAAAACCUUGUGCUUACCGAAGACCAAGUUUCCAAAUAGAUCAAAUUUGCAAAAAACAGUCGAUGUGCUGAUCCCACAAUCGUCUCAGAAACUUUACAAUCACCAAUUCCACGAAUUUCUGCGACGUGCAGCAACGCUAGAUCAACCUGAGAGACUCAAAUUUGUCAAGGAAAACCUUUUUGUACUGCAUGAUGGACCACCUUACGCUAAUGGCGAUCUACAUUUGGGCCAUGCUUUGAACAAAAUACUUAAGGACUUCAUCAACCGCUUUCAGCUUCUUCAGGGCAAAUAUGUCUAUUAUAGAACCGGGUGGGACUGUCACGGGCUGCCAAUUGAGUUGAAGGCACUGCAAAAGCUCACUGCCGAUGCAGACAAGCUUUCCCCUACAAAAGUGCGAUUCCUGGCCGCUGAACAUGCUAGGAAAACCAUCAAAAACCAGCGAAACCAAUUUGAGAAAUUUGCCAUUGCCACAAAUUGGGACGAUCACUACGAAACUAUGCAAAAGCCUUUCGAACUUCGCCAACUAGACAACUUGAAGAAAAUGAUCAAUCGAGGACUGAUCAAGCGACAAAACAAACCAGUGUACUGGGGCACAGAAACUAAAACAGCUUUGGCGGAAAGUGAACUCGAAUACAAAGAAGACCACAUCUCAACCUCAGCAUACGUUAGGCUUCCGCUGAUUAGCGAGUCCGUGUCCUUCCUGCAGAAACAGUUCUCUCUGAGCUCUGAAAAGGGAAUUGAUGUUGUUAUCUGGACAACGACUCCAUGGACGAUGUUUGCAAAUCAGGCUAUCUGUUUCAAUCAAAACUUGGAGUACGGAAUCUACGAGUUUGGUGAUAGGUACAUUUUACUACAGAGCGAGUUCGAUACUAAAAAAUUUGAAGAUGAGAAGGCUCUACUUAUCACUUCAUUGACGGGCGAUCAACUUGCCACACUGAAGUAUAGAAACCCGAUCAUGAAUGAGAUUGAUGAGAAACCUUUCAUUCACGGUGACCAUGUAAGCAAAGCAGCUGGCACAGGAUUCGUCCACACCGCUCCCGGUCAUGGAUUCGACGAUUAUGCCAUUGGCAUAAAGCAUGGGCUGGAAAUAUUUUCACCAGUGGACAAUGAGGGCCGCUAUAAACUUGAUGUAUUUCCCGCCGGCCUCCAAGAUAUACUGAAAGAGCCAGGUAAAAAUUACGGCGGUAAAGUUAUGUCAGAACAUAUUACAGACAAAGUCAUUGAGCUUCUAGGCCUCAACAAGAUGCUUUUAAAGACAGAAAAAUACUUGCAUUCCUAUCCCUAUGAUUGGCGGUCCAAGAAACCUGUUGUAAUAAGGGCGACACCUCAAUGGUUCGCAGACCUAACAGAUGUCAAAAGUUUGGCGAUUGAUAGCCUGAAGAAAGUUCGUUUCUUCCCAGACAGAGGUCACAUAAGACUGGCGUCAUUUAUAAAAUCCAGAAAUGAGUGGUGCAUUUCACGUCAACGGUCCUGGGGUGUCCCCAUACCGGCAUUUCAUAAACGCGAUAAUUCUGAAGAAGUUCUUAUGAAUGAGGCUACUGUCAAUCAUGUAAUAUCGGUGAUAGAAAGAAAAGGAAUAGAUGCGUGGUUUAAAGAAGACGAAGGUGAAGACAUGAAAGAGUGGAUGCUGCCAGAGUAUCACGACGUUGCUCACUUAUAUUGUAGGGGGAAAGAUACCGUGGACGUUUGGUUUGACAGUGGUAGUACUUGGAAGGAGCUGGAAGCCUUCUAUUCUGACCAGUUGGGGUUGGAAGAAAUCCCUUUCCCUUUAGCGGACGUUUACCUAGAGGGCUCAGAUCAGCACCGAGGCUGGUUCCAAAGUUCUUUGCUCACUAAGAUUGCCACCAAAAAUGCACCGGAAGCACCAUAUCGAACAUUGAUUACACACGGAUUUACACUUGAUGAAAACGGAAUCAAGAUGUCUAAAUCUAUUGGUAAUACCGUUUUGCCAGAGAGCGUCAUCAAAGGAGAUGAAAAACAUGGCAUUCCUGCACUUGGAGUGGAUGGACUUCGACUUUUAAUUGCACAGGCAGACUUUACUACUGAUGUGGCUAUCGGAUCUACAGUAACACAACGCGUCGCAGACGCUUUGAAAAAGCUCAGGCUCACUUUCAAAUUUCUUUUGGGCAAUUUGCAACAAUCAAAGUCUGGGUACAAGCUUCUGGAGUUCGAAAAUCUGAGGCCACUGGACCAAUACACGUUGGAGAAAUUGAGGGAGCUGAACACGGAAGCUUUGAAUCACUACGAGCUGUUCAAUUUUUCCAAAGUGCUGAAUGCUGUUAUGUAUCAUAUGAACAACCAUCUGUCCGCAUUCUAUUUUGACAUCAUCAAAGACUCUCUCUACGCCGACGCCAUCGGUGGUCUGAAGAGACAACAAGUGCAGACCACAUUGUUUCACAUCCUCGACACAUACAGAAGCAUUCUGGGCCCCAUUAUACCUGUGAUGGUUCAGGAGGCCUGGAACUAUCUGCCUCAAGAAUGGUACAAAGACAGCAGCGCUUCCUCAGAAUCUGACAUCGCGCACUCCCCUCUCUUGCGUCCAUGGGCUAUUCCUCCAACUGUGAAAUCGGAUUUCCAGAUCCACCAUUUUGAGCAAAAUGAAUUGAAGAUCUUGCAAGCUUUCAACAAGGAAUUCAGGAAACAGGACUCUGUUACCAAGCCCGCCCAAACACAAGUUAAGAUCGCCGUUCUUAAAAGCGAUGCAUUCCCCGUCUCUGCCGAUUCUUUGGCUGAUUUAUUACAGGUUGGCCGUUUGCAAAUUCUCGACGCACCACAACCAGAUGGUGUCCGCUUGAGUUUGAGUAAUGGAAAAACCGAGAUCGAUCUUCUAGUUGAGCCCAGCGAGCUUCACGAAUGUCCCAGGUGCUGGAAAUACAACUCACAAUCGCCCAAUGCUCUGUGUGAAAGGUGUGACGCUGUCGUAACGUGA